GAUUUUGCAUUUCUGGGGAGAGAACUGUAUGUAAACAAUACAGUUCUCUCCCCUGUCAGCUCCUGCACACUGUUUUGUAUGGCUCUGCAUAGUACAGCCAUACAAAGCAGUGUGCUUACAGUUGAAAGCACACAGCACACAGUUAACCCUUUGAUCGCCCCACAUGUUAACCCCUUCCUGCCCAGUGUCAUUAGUAGUGUCAGUGCUUUUGAUUAGCACUGAUCACUGUAUUGGUGUCAAUGGGGAUGUCAGUGACACCAAGUCAGUUCCCCCCAGUGUCAGAAUGUCCGCCGCAGUCUCGCUAUAAGUCGCUGAUCACCGCCAUUA